AUGGCUCAUAUAGUCGAUCUAUACCAAACAACUGGUCUUAAUGAAGAGGAGGCACAAGACAGAAAGAACGCUUGGAGAACUCGUAUCGACAACAAUUUAGUGAUAAGCAAUCGAAAAGGACGUCGGCCAAAUACUAACGAGCCGACAGGAGAAGCCGAGUCCCUGUACGGGAAAAUCACAAAAGAGAUGAUGGGUGACAAAGCGAUGCGGACAGACCCACGCGACUUAAUUGCAAAAAUGAAAGAGGCGCAUCCACAAGCCGAGGAGAAAGUGGAGUAUGCUCCGAAACGUCGGCGUAAAGUAUAUGAUGCGGAUGACGUUGGUGGCUAUGUCCCGACGACGAAAGAGACAAAAGAAGAGCAUGCCAAGAUUCUUUCAUUAGUCCAAAUAAUCUUCAGCGACAAACCGUACGCGUUCAUUCGAAGUGCGACGCAAGACGUGAUCGACAUUUUGAAAACUGAAGGAACACCAACGGAGAAGUACGAUAAACUCAAAAAGGAAAUCGACAGUUCAAUAAGUGAAGAAGCGUUUACCGAGAUGUUGCAAUCAAGUAACUUACUCACUGAUUAUGUCAAAGAAGAUAAUGAAGAGAACGAAGAAGAGAAUAAAGAAGACGUUGUACCUAUUAUUGGUGAUGAAGAGAGUGAAGAGGAUGUUGUUUAUGAGGAGCAAGAGAGUGAGGAGAAUGAAAUCAAAAUGGAAGUUGAAAAUUUGGAAGGAGAUGGUAUCGAAAUAGACGCGGAGUACCUUCUUAAUACAAUGAAAAGUAUAUUCAAAGACGAAGAAGAAGCGAAAGACAGAUGUUUUAAAGUCGAAAAGAUCUUAGGAAAUACAAGUCUGAAUGACGGACAAGCCCAACAGUUGAUUGUUGGUGUUUUGGGAGAGGAGAAUUAUACCACUGUGUCUGUUAUCGUGAGAAAUCGAGAAGAAAUUGUUGGACGAAUUGCAAUGUCGCGUGCACCAACAGACGAGAUAAGAGACGCGAUCCGUCUUAAAUUGCCUUCGACAUUAAAACAUUCAAGUGCAGAGAACUACGACGAAAACAAGAGAAAAAUGAACGAGGAAAACGACGCGGGGCAAUACACUCGCAAACUGAAAAUUGUCGAUUUUGAGAGUUUGAGUUUUGGCGACGGGAGUCACUUCAUGUCAAAACAACAAGCAACUUUCCCUGAGAACACGGUGAGAACGGACACUGCAGAGUACACCCGCGUUGAUAUUCCAAUGACACUCCCAACAGGUCCAACCGUUGAUCUGGUACCCAUUUCCAAAUUUCCAGAGUGGGCUAAGUCCGCGAUGAACCCGUUGAAAUACUUGAAUCGCAUGCAAAGCAAAGUGUACAACUCGGUCUUUUUAACGGACGAUAACGUGUUAGUGUGUGCUCCUACAGGGGCCGGGAAAACGACAGUAGCGUUGAUGGCGAUUUUGGAAUGCUACAAGCAAGCUGUUGAGAACAACGAGAAGUUCAAAGUGAUAUACAUAGCACCAAUGAAGUCGUUGGUCCAAGAAAUGGUGGGGACUUUUCGAGGGAAAUUGGAGAAGCUUGGGUUGCAAGUGGGGGAGAUGUCUGGUGAUUCCACGUUGAGUAAAGGGGAAUUGAGUACCACGCAAGUUAUAGUUGCAACACCGGAGAAGAUCGAUGUUAUCAGUCGAAAGACGGGCGGUGUAGGGAGUGCGAAUGGGCAUGGGAUAUUUGAAGAAUUGAAAUUGGUCAUUAUCGAUGAAAUCCAUUUGCUUCAUGACACGCGUGGACCAGUCAUUGAAGCUUUAGUUGCGAGAGUAAAGAAAUACAUUGAGUAUCAGUCACGAAAUAUACGACUGGUUGGGUUGAGUGCAACACUUCCAAACUGUCAAGACGUUGGACUGUUCUUGGGGUGUAAAAAGGAGAACAUUUUUGUCUUUGGUGGGGAGUACAGACCAGUUCCUUUACAACAAACGUUUUUUGGAGUGACUGAGAAGAAGCCAAUCAAGCGAAAUAGAACGAUGAAUAGUAUCAUGUUUGAUAUAAUCAAAGAGUCUGCGGGGAAACAACAAGUUUUGGUGUUUGUGCACUCGCGAAAGGACACUUUACAAACCGCGAAAUUCAUCAAAGAGCGCGCAAUUGAAGAGAAUAUAUUACACUACUUCCUCUUGAAUAAAAAAGCGAGUGAAGAAGUCCUGCGCUCAGAGUCGUCGAAAUUUGACAACACGGAGUUACAAGAGUUGGUGCGGGUUGGUGUUGGGAUCCACCACGCUGGAAUGAAUAAAGACGAUCGAAGACUUGUCGAGGAUUUGUAUGCAGACAACCACCUCCAAGUGUUGGUGAGUACCGCAACCCUUGCAUGGGGUGUGAACUUACCGGCGCACACUGUCAUCAUCAAAGGGACUCAAGUGUAUUCACCCGAAGCUGGACAUUGGGAGGAAUUGAGCCCGAUGGAUAUCAUGCAAAUGAUGGGCCGUGCUGGUCGUCCCCAGUUUGAUAAAGAAGGUUCUGGCUAUGUCAUCACAACCCAACGUGAGAUGUUCUUCUAUAUGUCUUUGUUGUCACAACAACUCCCAAUCGAGUCGCAAUUUGUGAAUAAGCUGAUCGACUGUUUGAACGCGGAAAUUGUCACUGGGAAUGUCAAAACAAUGGACGAAGGCGUGCAAUGGCUGUCGUUGACGUAUUACUAUAUCUGUUGUUUGCGUUCACCAAAGAUGUACUCUGUUGAUGACAAAGACAUUGAGAACGACCCCACACUCGAGUGGAGACGAAAGGAUUUGAUACAUUCUGCAGCAACCAUUCUCCACAAGAACGGACUGAUUCUCUACGACCAGAAAAAUCGAAGUUUUGCACCAACUGAACUUGGUAAAAUUGCGUCGUACUACUAUUUGACAAAUGAAACAAUGAGAAACAUCAGCGACAACCUGAAACGAAACACAAACGAAAUCGACUUGGUCUCGAUAUUUGCAAAGUCGUCCGAGUUCAAGUACGUUUCCGUGAGAGAGACCGAAAAGCCUGAAAUUGAAAAGUUGCUCCAGCAAGUCCCAAUUCCAUUGAAGGGAAAUGCAGAAGACCCUGAAACGAAAAUUGGAAUUUUGCUCCAGACGUAUAUUGGGAGACUCCAAUUGCCGGGCUAUGUCUUAUCCGCAGACACCAUUUACGUGUCACAAAAUGCGUCGAGAAUCUUCCGAUCGAUUUUUGAAAUUUUGUUGUUAAAGAGGUGGGCACAACCAGCUUUAAAAGCGCUUGAAAUAUCGAUCAGUGUCAACCGAAGGCUGUUUGGAAGUCAAUGCCCGUUAAGACAGUUACACGGCGUCCCGUCUGAUUUAUGUAAACGACUUGAACGCGUCGAAUUUCCAUUUAGUCAAAUGAGCGACUUGACUGCGGAACAACUUGGUGAGUUGAUACGUCAACCGAACAAGGGGAAUAUGUUAUACAAUUUAUUACACUCGUUUCCCAAUGUAAAGGUAUCUGCUUGUGGCAAACCGAUCAGUCGAGGGAUUUUGAAAGUCGAUGUGAAGGUUGAGUUACUUUUUGAAUACGAUAAAAGAGUUCUUGGACACUCACAAGGGUAUUGGCUCUGUGUUGUUGAUAUGGACGGAAGUAACAUAUUGUCGUAUCAGUACUUUGUCCUGAAAGAGAAUCACAAAACAAAGAGUUUGGACUUCGAAUUGUAUGUCCCAAUUAUCGAGCCUGUGCCAUUCAGUUACUUCGUCUAUGUUGUCAGUGAUUCGUUUGUGAAAUGCACGUCGACGUGUGUGGUUCGAAUGGAUACACUGAUUUUGCCAACGAAGUUCAUCACACCGACAAAAGUCCUCCCGCUCAAAGCCCUCGACACGCAAUUUGUCAUCCACGAAUUGGGGUUAGAUGGAAAAGUUAAACUUCCUUUCAAACUUCUCAACGAAAUUCAGACACAAGUGUUCCAAUCUGUUGUCGAGUCAAACAACUCUGUGUAUGUUGGUGCUCAUAGUGGUGCUGGGAAAACUUUGAUAGCUGAAUUGGCGAUCAUGAAACAGCUGAAGACGGAUGAGAAGAGAGCUGUUAUAUACAUAUCCCCGUUUGAGGAAGACGCACAAAAAGCGUUUGAAGCUCUUCAAGCUGCGUUUGGAAAUUAUGUACGUGACAUUGAGAGUGGAAUUGACAAAAUUGAGGAACAGAUAAUUUCUGGCGGUGUUAUUUUCAUCACCGUUUCCGACUUUGAAAAGAUCAUCAAAACGUGCAAAAGGAAACAUAACGUUCUCGAGAACAUCGCAUUAAUCGUGUUGGAUGACAUCCAACACAUUGGAGAAGAUGUGGAGUACGAAGUAUUAAUAUCACGAAUUAAGCACAUCCAAAAGGAAAACAACCAACUUCAAAUGCGACUGGUGUGCUUGUCACUUCCACUUGGAGAUAGUAAAAGUCUUCGCGACUGGCUUGGCGUCUCCACUGGAAAUGCAUUCUCAUUUUCCCCACAAAGCCGUGUUGCGCCGCUCGAUGUGCGCGUCGAGGUCAUGCGACAAAGCGAGUUUUUUAUGCGAAUUUCCGCAAUGGUCCAACCGACCUUAGAAAUUGUUUUCGAUGCUUUGAAAUGCAAUAAAACAGUGACUGUUUGUGUUCCAAACCACAAAAACGUCAUUCGCGUUGCUCGGGAAUAUGUCGCUCUUUCUCGAAAACAACAAAUUAAAAACGACGAGCGGAUUGUUGAAGUUCUCAAGCGAUAUCCUCUUGAAGAUAACACCCUUCGCGAAGGGAUUGAAAGUGGUGUGUGUAUGGUAUACAGCGAAAUGUCCGAACACGAUGAAAUUAUUGUCAAAAAUGUAUUUAAAGAAGGGAUUGUCCGUGUUUUGCUUGUGACGAUCGACCAACUGAAUUCGUUCCGCGAGAGGUCUGACAUCGGCGUUGUGAUGGGAACCCUCAAAUCGGAGAAAAGUGGGAGUGACAUUGAUAUUGAGUUGUUGGUCAAAUACAUCGGGUUGAUUAAGGAGAGUGUGACAUUGUAUUGUGAGCCAAAUAAGAGGGAGUCACUCAUUAAAUUUAUCGAAGAACCGCUGCCGCUCGAGAGUCGAUUAAUUGAACAAGAGAAUGACACAUUUGAUGUUCUCGUACGCGUUUUUAACACUGAAAUAGUGUCUGGUGAUAUCUUUGAUUAUCAAUCCGCUAUCGCAUUCUUCGCGAACACAUUUUUACUGAAGCGGAUGAGGAACAACCCGAGUUACUACAACGUCAACGGAAGAGAGAUGAGUGUCGUCUCUGGGUUCUUAUCUAGUUUAGUUGAGAGCGUCAUCAACAAGUUAGUCGAGAUGGGUUUUGUCUUGUUUGACGGAGAAAAGCUAACACCAACAGAACAAGGAACUUUUGCUGUGAACAAUGUCAAUGAGAUGGAAUGUGAUUGA